AUGUCUAAAGGCAAAAACUUCCUCGCGGCCGCCGUGCCCGCCGUCAUCAUCUACCUCCUCCUCCUGGUCGGCGUGUUGCCCGUGCCCUUCUUGGCGGCCGAGACUGCUGAUGAGAUCCUGCCGGUCAUCCCCUGGUGGCUCCUCGUCGCGUUCGGCUCCUUCUCCCUCUCGUCCCUCGGCCUCGGCCUCCUCCGCUUCAACGACACGCCCGAGGCCUACGAGAGCCUGCUGCGCGAGGUCGCGCAGGCCAAGAACGAGCUCCGCGACCAGGGUGUCGAGGUCGACUAG